UCAUUAUUUAUAUACCAAUGACAAAUUCAUAGUCUUACAAUGAUAUAUUAGACAUAGAAGACUCCUGUUGAAAUUGCUAGAGAAUAAUAUAAGAAAAAUGCUCAAGCUCGUAAUCCGGCUCAGCGCGCUGAGCGUAGGACUGAGCGUUGCAACAUCCACAUGCCACCAGCUACAACAGUCACAGAUGGCAUCAUUGAACGAACGAAUGAACCAAAUGAUAAACGCUUUGUACUCAUAUUCAUCACCGCUCCUGAAUAAAUCUCAGUCCAGUUCCAACUCAUCGCCAACUUCGUCAACGUCCAACGAAUACCCAAGUAACUCCGCGGUUUCCUACGAAACAGCAUAUAGUUAUCCGCCAUCUAGUUAUUCGACUGCAUCGAGUUCUUCACCUCAAGUCAUAUACGUAUCUUCAGCACCUGCCUCAUCACCAACACAAGUAGCUAUCGCGCCACCAACUCCUGGAAAUCCUACUGUGACAAUAUCAUCCACAACUGUCCCCACGUCAUACGAUACAUACUACUCGCGCUCUUAUGAAAGCCCUCCAUCUGAAUACUCGCAGCCAAGUACGCUGCCACCUCCCGCUUACUCGCAAUCCUAUAGCUACGAACAUUACUCUUACUCACCACCAUCUUAUCCACCUCCCCCUCCACAAACCUAUCCUCCUCCUUCCUCACUAUCUUAUCCGCCGUCUCCCCAAUCAUCUUACCCACCUCCUCCCCAAUCAUCUUACCCACCUCCUCCCCAAUCAUCUUAUCCGCCUCCUCCCCAAUCAUCUUACCCACCUCCUCCCCAACCAUCUUAUCCACCUCCUCCCCAACCAUCUUAUCCACCUUCCUCCCCGUCCCCACCAACUCAAUACUCUAGCACCAACCAACAAUACUCUCCAGCGCCAGCAGCUCCAUCCCAAUACGCUCCUUACUCUCCACCCCCACCACCCUCUCCACUUCCGAUCCCAAGACCUUGUGAAUCUAGCUACCCUUAUCCUGAUUAUCCACAGUCCCCUGUCCCACCAUAUCCACACACACAUCAGUAUCCCCCUCCUCAUGUAACACCAUGUCCUACGACGCCUGUGCCAUACAAUCCACCCCCUUAUCCCCCAAAACCCUCAUCACCUUAUCCCACACCGAAUACGAUGGUACCAACGUACCCCUCAGUGCCUUAUUCACAUGAUAUUGUACCUCCACCGUAUUAUGCUUAAAAUUAUUUAAAUUAAUUACAAAAUAUUUAUUUAUUUUAAAAUAUUGUAAAAAUAAACUUAAAUUCAACA